AUGCCAAAAACCCUAAUCUGCCUGCGCCCGUUGCGACGUGCGCGACGUGCGGUGCUGCCGCCGCUUGCGUGCGGCCGUUGCGACGUGCGGCGCUGCCGCCGCUUGCGCGCGGCCGUUGCGACGUGCGGCGCUGCCGCCGCUUGCGCGCGCACGGCCGCUGCGACCUUUCCUGCCUGCGGACGGCGCGCACGGCUGGCCGCGGCUGUUGCCAGCGCGCGGCCGCUGCCGCCGCGGGGGGGGCUGCCUCUGCCCACGAGCGGCCGCUGCGGCGGUUCCUGCCCGCGCGUGGCCGCCGCCUGUGCACGGCCUACCCACGCGCGGCCGCCGCCGGUGCGCGGUUGCCAUACCGCCGCGCUGCCUGUGCCCACGCGCGACCGCUGCCACUACCUGCGCGCGGCUGCCGCGGUUCCUGCUCGCGCUUGGCCGCCGUUGGCGCUUGGCGCGGCUGCCGCUGCCGCUGCUAGCGCUUGGCAGCGGUUGCCACCAUCUGCGGCCACCGCCCUUCCGUAA